AUGAAGCGCCUGCCGUGGAGGACGUCGCUGGCAGGUCCAUCCUUCUUGUGCAGAACCCGGGCGUGCGCCUCCCGUUCCUCUGCGGGGCUCCUGCUUCAGGAGAAGAUGGCUCCAGAUACGGGUGCUCCUCCCAAAGAGGACCAACGCAUGAAUCCUCUUGGCAUCCAGAUGCUCUCCAAAGGCCUUCAUGAACAGAUCUUCCGGGGGGCUCAAGUUCAUUAUUCAGAGGAAGACGUCCAGAAGAGCAUAGAACACUUGGAGAGGCAUGACUUGUGGGGCAAAGAGACAGCCACCAUUCCUGAUGUGGCAUUACAGCUUCCUCGGAUGUAUGGAGCGAACAUCGAUGAACAUUUCCGCCUCUUGGCUCAGAAGCAAAGCCUCCCCUAUCUGGAGGCUGCGAAGGAGCUUUUUGAGCACGAGAUCCCACCAAGGCCCACGGAGUGGGCUUGGGAAGUAGGGUGGACUCGGUAUGGUCCCGAGGGGGAGAGGGAAAAGGUGGAUUUCCCCGAUGAACGAGCUUUGGUCUUUGAUGUGGAGGUGUGCAUGGAAGAAGGACAUUGUCCCACCCUCGCAGUGGCUUUGUCAUCCAAUGCUUGGUAUUCUUGGUGCAGCAAGCGUCUGCUGGAACAACGCUAUAGCUGGUCUAACCAACUGGGGCUGUCCGAUCUCAUCCCUCUGGAAACCAGCAGCAGCCUCAAGAAGCAGACUGGGCAGGAGAGGCUGGUGAUCGGCCACAACGUCUCCUUCGACCGGGCUCACGUCAAGGAGCAAUACCUGAUCCAGGGAUCCCAAAUGCGGUUCCUGGACACGAUGAGCAUGCACAUGGCUAUUUCCGGACUGACCGGUUUCCAGCGCAGCCUUUGGAAGGCCGCCAAGCAGGGCAAGGGGAGAGGACUGCAACAGGUCCAGCAACACAUCAAGAAAACACGAAGAAAAGGCAGUGGACCCGUGGUUGGCUCCUGGAACUGGGUGAACAUCAGCAGUAUCAACAACCUGGCCGAUGUGCAUUCCCUCUAUGUUGGAGGGCAGCCGUUACAGAAAGAAGCCCGUGAACUCUUCGUCAAGGGCAGCAUGAAUGAUAUCAGGAAUAACUUCCAGGAGCUGAUGAAUUACUGUGCCCUUGAUGUUCAGGCUACUUAUGAAAUAUUCCACGAGCAGCUUCCUCUUUUCCUGCAAAGGUGUCCACAUCCUGUGACUUUUGCAGGUAUGCUAGAAAUGGGGGUUUCUUACUUACCUGUUAAUCAGAACUGGGUGAAGUACCUGGAUGAAGCUCAGGUCACUUACGAGGAGCUGCAAAAAGAGAUGAAGAAGUCUCUGAUGAACUUGGCCGACAAUGCUUGUCAGCUGCUUCACGAGGAGAGGUACAAAGAUGACCCCUGGUUGUGGGAUCUGAAAUGGGACCUCCAAAAAUUUAAGCAAAAGAAAACGAAACCAACUAGGAAGAAAAAGGAAGACGUGAAUGAAGAGCCAGCUAAAGUAGUGGAAAGAGCAUCUCCGCUGGAGUGGCAGGAAGAUCCUGGUCCUCUGACAGAAGAAGGAGAACAAAGCCAAAAUGGCAGCCAACAGGUUCUUCAGAGUCUAAAGGAGACGGUGGUUUUGCAGCCAAAAAGAAUUCAGCAUCUCCCUGGCCAUCCAGAGUGGUACCGCAACCUGUGUCCACGGCUCAAUGAUCCUAGUUGGGCCCCUGGACCCAGCCUUAUCAGCCUUCAAAUGAGAGUGACUCCAAAGCUCAUGAGGCUUAACUGGGAUGGCUUUCCAUUGCACUACUCUGAGAAACAUGGCUGGGGCUACCUGGUGCCAGGAAGGAAGGACAACCUGUUAGAGGAUGAUCCAGACGCUGCAUCGGCCACCUGCCCUUUCAAGGUAAUAGAACAUCUGUAUCGGGAAUAUUGCAAGGAGAAAGGGAAGGAGCAACCGGUUUCACUCGGCAGCUACCUGGAAGAAGAGUUCUUAAUGGAGAACGGUGAUUUUUGGGAAAAGUUUGAAUUGCUUGGCCAUGUGGAGGUGGAUAUGGAUGUGGAUUCGAUCACCAGAGAACUGAGGCAGGAAGAGAUGGAGUUGGUGAAGAGUUCACCUGAAUAUCACCAUGGCAAUGGACCUUACAAUGAUGUCAAUAUUCCAGGAUGCUGGUUUUUUAAGCUGCCUCACAAAGAUGGCAAUGCCAGCAAUGUUGGGAGCCCAUUUGCCAAGGAUUUCUUACCCAAGAUGGAAGAUGGCACUCUUAAAGCUGGAAUAGGAGCAGCAGAUGGGACCCACGCUUUGGAAAUCAACAAGAAAAUCUCCUUCUGGAGAAACGCUCAUAAACGCAUCAGUUCACAGAUAGUGGUUUGGUUGAAGAAAGGGGAGCUGCCAAGAUCCGUGACUAGGCACCCAGACUACGAUGACGAGAAUGCUUAUGGAGCCAUCCUGCCACAAGUAGUGACUGCUGGAACGGUCACUCGGCGAGCUGUGGAGCCCACGUGGCUGACCGCCAGCAAUGCCAGGACCGACCGGGUGGGCAGCGAGCUCAAAGCGAUCGUCCAGACUCCUCCUGGUUACCAUCUGGUUGGAGCCGAUGUUGAUUCUCAAGAGCUUUGGAUAGCAGCUGUCUUGGGAGAAGCCCAUUUUGCCGGCAUGCAUGGCUGCACCGCUUUUGGCUGGAUGACGCUUCAGGGGAAGAAAAGCAACGGCACGGAUCUGCACAGCAAGACGGCCUCCACCGUGGGGAUCAGCCGAGAGCACGCCAAGGUGUUCAACUACGGACGUAUCUAUGGGGCAGGACAGGCGUUUGCUGAGCGCCUCCUCAUGCAGUUCAACCACCGCCUGACAGAACAGGAAGCCAGUGAGAAGGCCCGGCAAAUGUACGCCGUCACGAAGGGAAUCCGACGCUGCCACCUGUCUGAGGAAGGGGAAUGGCUAGUGAAUCAAUUGGGCCUCACGGUAGACAGAGCAGAAGAUGGUUCCAUACCCUUGCAAGACGUGUGGCGGUUACAAAGAGAAGCAAAGAAACGCUCUCGUAGGAAGAAGUGGGACAUGGUGUGCCAGCGAGUGUGGGCCAGUGGCACAGAAUCUGAAAUGUUCAACAAACUGGAAAGCAUCGCCAUGUCGGAAGCACCCAGCACCCCAGUGCUGGGCUGUCGAAUUUCUAGAGCAUUGGAGCCAGCAGCUGUUGACGGCGAGUUUGUGACCAGCAGAAUAAAUUGGGUGGUUCAGAGUUCAGCGGUGGAUUAUCUGCAUCUGAUGCUCGUAUCUAUGAAAUGGCUCUUUGAGCUAUUUGACAUUGAUGGACGUUUUUGCAUCAGCAUCCAUGACGAAGUGCGCUACUUGGUCAAGAGCGAGGACCGCUAUCGGGCAGCGCUUGCCCUGCAGAUCACCAACCUCCUCACACGGUGUAUGUUUGCCUAUAAACUCGGUCUUCAGGAUCUGCCUCAGUCGGUGGCCUUUUUCAGCGCGGUAGAUAUUGAUCAUUGUUUAAGGAAAGAGGCGACAAUGGAUUGUGUCACCCCGUCCAACCCAGGAGGACUGGAGCAAAGGUACAACAUCCCCCAAGGGGAAGCUCUGGAUAUAUACAAACUUAUUAAAAUAACAAAAGGUUCCUUGGAAAAAGGAAAAUGAAGUUUGAGUUUAGAAGUUAACUGGACACGCUUUGUCCCAGCGGGAUCCUCCAGAAGGAACCUUUUGGUCACG